UGUGCGUUUAAGCUCGCGCUGUGAGCGGCUGCAGAACAGGACGCGCGCGCGCUCCACAAACAAAGACCCGCACGUCCUACAGCAUCAGCAGCAUCCUCCUCCUCCUCCUCCUCCUGGAAGCCUCGCGCCAGCAGCAUGACGGCCAACGGCAGCAGCAGCAGCGACAUGCUGAAGAUCCAGUUCGGCCUCAUCAACUGCGGCAACAAAUACCUCACAGCCGAGACGUUCGGCUUUAAGAUCAACGCCUCGGCCACCAGCAUGAAGAAGAAGCAGAUCUGGACGCUGGAGCAGAAUGGAGACGACUCCAACAUGUUCUUCCUCAAGAGCCACCUCGGGCGCUACAUCGCCGCCGACAAAGACGGCAACGUGACCGGCGACAGCGAGACGCCCGGCGAGGACUGCCGCUUCAUCAUCACGGCGCACGACGAUGGCCGGUGGUCCCUGCAGUCCGAGCCGCACAAGCGCUACCUGGGCGGCACGGAGGACAGGAUCACCUGCUUCGCGCAGACCAUCUCCAUGGCCGAGAAAUGGAGCGUGCACAUCGCCAUGCACCCGCAGGUCAACAUCUUCAGCCUGACCAGAAAGAGGUACGCGCACCUGAGCGACAAAGAAGACGAGAUAGCCAUCGACAGGGACGUGCCGUGGGGCGUGGACUCCCUCAUUACCCUGGUCUUCCAGGACCAGAGAUACCACCUGCAGACAUCUGACAACCGCUUCCUGAAGAAUGAUGGCACCCUGGCCCAGAAAGCCGACAAGACCACCGGCUACACCUUGGAGUUCAGGUCCGGCAAGGUGGCCUUCAGGGACUGCGCCGGAAAGUACCUGGCCCCCUCCGGCCCCAGCGGAACCAUGAAGUCCGGCAAGAGCUCCAAGGUUGGGAAAGAUGAGCUUUUUGUUCUGGAGCAGAGCCACCCUCAAGUAGUGCUGACCGCUGGCAAUGACAGGAAUGUGUCCACCAGGCAAGGAAUGGACCUCUCUGCCAAUCAGGACGAGGAGGGUGAUCAGGAGACCUUUCAGAUGGAGAUCAGUAAGGAAACGAAGAAGUGUGCUUUCAGGACCUGCUCUGGGAAGUACUGGACGCUCACUGCUAAUGGUGGCCUGCAGUGCACCGCUUCUACCAAGUCUGCCAACUGUUAUUUUGAUAUUGAAUGGCGUGGGAAGAAAAUCACUCUCCUUGCUGCCAAUGGAAAGUACGUGGCAGCCAAAAAGAAUGGGCAGCUGGCUGCCACCAUUGAUUCUGCCGGUAAGAUGUGGCUUAUUGCUUUUUUUUUUUUUUUUUUUUUUUUUUGCCCAUGUGAAUUUUUAGCCAAAUUCUUUUUUGUGUCCCCAGGAGAGACAGAGGAGUUCCUGAUGAAGCUCAUCAACAGGCCCAUCAUUGUGCUGCGGGGAGAGCAUGGCUUCAUUGGCUGCAGGAAAGUGACUGGCACCCUUGACUCCAACCGCUCUUCUUACGAUGUCUUUGGCCUGGCGUUCCGCGAUGGGGCCUACAGCCUCCAAGAUUCCACUGGGAAGUACUGGAUGGUUGGGAAUGAGUCUUCAGUGGUCAGCAGUAGUGAUACCCCAGUAGAUUUCUUUCUGGAGUUCUGCGACUACAACAAAGUGGCCAUCAAGUCAAGUGAAGGGAAGUAUCUGAGAGGAGACCAUGCUGGUGUUCUGAAGGCCAAUGCUGAUGACCUGGACAGCUCCACGAUGUGGGAGUACUAGAAGCACUUGAGUAACCACUGUGGCUUUUUUUUUUUUUCUCCCUUAAUUUUCCUUUCCGUCCUUCAUUUUAAAUAUGAUUUUUCACCAUGAGCGAGCACAAGUGGGCAAUAAGUAGCAGAGAAUAACAUGAUGGUGCAAAGGUCUGCUUUUUUUUUUUUUUUUUUUUGUGGUUUAAGUCCUGAAAUCUCUCUGAUAGGCAAACUAGUGCUCCAGCAUUCUGGUGCCAUACAAUUCUAGCAGUGUUGUGCAGUCUUCAUAUACUAAAACUCAAUGUGUGCCAGUGCUAAAUUUCUGGGACUUUAUCUGGGGUCCAAAUUGGUGUACUGCUGUAAUACAAGGCCCUUUGCAUAUCACAUGUGAUGAGAAUUGACUGGAAUAAAAAUAAAUUGGUAAAUGGGUCUUAGUAAAGGCAUGUACCCAGUACAUCACGAGGAGCCAUUUUCUUACAGGAUUGCUGGAUCUCCUCAGCUGUUUGGUGGGAUUUUUGUGAUCCCUUCCCUCGUCUUUGCACAAAUCGUAAGAGCCUCUCUCUUUUACUAUGUUGAAUUGUAGGAGAAUGUUCUGUAUACUGAUGCCUUGUCAAACCUUGUGAGUCUCAGCCCCUUGCCCACCAUAUUGCCAAGUGUUAGAAUCCUAGUCAUCAGAAGAUUAAUGGCGAUAUGGCAGUUAACAGUAACUGUGUGAAUGUUGAUUUAUGACAUCUUGCCAUACACUUGACAGUGUAUCAAAGUGAGUCCUUUAACCACUGGAAUGAGUGUCUCAACAGUGAUAACGUUCGAUUUUGUACUCUGGAAUAUGGCAAUGCUUUUGUGUGUAAAGUAUGUACUGGAUUUCUGCUUGUGCCAUUAGAAUUCAUUUCCAUGUAAAAGAAUAAGAGAACUGGAUGUUGUAUGUGAAGAAGGCACCUUACAGUCCUUCAUCUCAAUGUUAAAAGUCCUGAAAUCAAAUGAGGUAGAAACAUGUUAAAAUUCAAAAUGUCUGCAACUAACAGGUUGAUUGUCGUAAGUGUAGAUGUGAGAGUGAUUCUUCCGAUCUGAAGUAUGUUGUUGCAGGUUCAACACAAUAUUUAUGGUAAAUUAAAACCUCCCUUCUGCUUGAUCUGGAUGGGUCACAGUGGAAUGGUCUGUGUUCACUGCACACGCGUAACUGGCAUGGCUUAAUCUGGAAAUGCACAAUUCUUUCACUGGAAAAGUAUCACUUAACUGUUCUGUUUGAGUUUCUAAGGCACAGACAUUAUCAUAAACCUUCAUAUAUGGUAUGGACUAAUAAGUCAUGUAAUGGGCACACGGCUGGAGCAAAUCUUGUGUCUCUUAGAAAUGUGUUUUGAGUGCAGUAAACAAUGGUGUAGCACCAAUAACCAUAUCUGGUUCCAUAUAAAGUGACAGAAUCCUUCUUGUAAGAUGUAAGGUAGCAAACUUACUGAUGCUGAAACAGUUAAAUGUUAAAAUAAUGAAGGUAACUGGUUCUUGUAUCGAUUCCAUUUGUGCGCCAAGGUUGCCAGAACAGUGCAACUCUGAACACUGUAUGGUUCAGAGACAGAAAACUUGCAUAUAAUGUAAAAUAAUUGAGAUUCACUUUGUCUAUCAGCAUAUUAGGGUUUGAGAUUACUGAGGUAAAUUAGUCUCCUUACAUACAAGGGAAUGGUAAUGACUGUGCCUUAACCUAGAGUAUAUGGACAUACUGGAAAAAGGAAAAAAAACAUUACACAUCUAUACUUUGUAAAACUUUACAGACUUCUUUUUUUAUAUUGUUUUGAUAUUAUGGUUGUUUCUUUUUCCUCAUGUGCCAUGGGUACAAAUGAAAUACAAUAAUAAAUUUGAAUAUGAAAUGGUGUUGGUGAAUUGGUCAUUAUUUUGUGCAAUGAACACGAAAGUUUUGUUUUUUGUGAUUCUCACCAAAUGGUAGAAAAUCUAUCACUAAGUAAAGCUGUUUUGAGUGAGCUGUAAUUUUCUGGAGGAGUUGGGUUUUAUUUUUUUAAUGACUUCAACCUACCCCUGCAAUAUGGAACUCUUCAGUACCCCUGAACUCAUUGAUGUAUGACUACACCUUUCAGAGUUUAUUUUGGAAGCCAGUCUCCUUAAGCCCAGAGGUCAGAGGCAGAGGAGUGUUUCCACAGGUCUGAGAUUUGCUCCUGGGAGCAGUUUUUGGCUUUCCUGGCCACUGUUCCUCUCAUCAAUGAGGCCUUUGUGCUGCUGUAUUGCUGGAGCAGCAGUUUGCACACUGAUUUCUCUCCCAUCUUUUCAGUUAUUGAAGCAACACAACAAGGCUCAUUCAUUGCAUUGAGUGGGACCUAAAAUUCUGAACAAUUAGGGGACACUGAGUGGAUGCCUCUGCAAAUAAAGAGCCAUAAAUAUUUUCAUUAA